UCCUCCGCCAUCACUCUUCGCCGGAGCCAUCAAUGUCUAUUUAAUAAACCCCAAACACCACCGCCACCAACCAUGAGAGUAUCAUCCCCCGUCGCGGCGUCGACGCCACACGCCGACGACCACCGAAUUUCCACCGUAGGCUACCGCGACGCCGAGUCCCUCUUCCGCUCCAAGCCCAUCGCUGAGAUCCGAAACACCGAGGCCGCAACACGGAAGCAGAUCGAGGACAAGAAGGAGGAGCUCCGGCAGCUUGUCGGCAACCGCUACCGCGACCUGAUCGACUCCGCCGACUCCAUCGUCCACAUGAAGGCUUCCUGUAAAUCCAUCUCCGCCAACAUCGCCGCCGUCCACGGCCGCAUUCGCUCCCUCUCCCUCUCUCAAUCACAUUCACAAACCAAACUCCAUUCCCAGUCCCGAGCCUGGACCUACGGUGUGGCGUGCCGCGUGAAGUACCUCGUGGACACGCCGGAGAACAUCUGGGGCUGCCUCGACGAAGGAAUGUUCCUCGAGGCCGCAUCGCGCUACGUGCGUGCCAAGCACGCACAUCACCGCUUGUUCCUCGAUUCCGAUGACCAGAAGAACAAGAUCUUGUCGAAUUUCCCGUUGCUUCAGCACCAGUGGCAGAUUGUCGAGAGCUUCAGGGCACAGAUCUCCCAGCGAAGCCGCGAUCGCUUGCUGGAUCGUGGCCUUGCCAUUGCUGCUUACUCCGAUGCCUUGGCUGCGGUGGCUGUUAUAGACGAGCUCGAGCCAAAGCAGGUGUUGGGCUUGUUUCUGGAAUCAAGGAAGUCAUGGAUAUCACAAGUUUUGGGUAAUGCUGGUGCUGGUGAUGCUUCCUCUUUGGUGGUUUCGGUCUUGUGUGAUGUGUUGGGUAUAAUUCAGGUCAGUGUGGGUCAGGUGGGUGAGUUGUUUUUGCAUGUGUUGAAUGAUAUGCCUCUUUUCUAUAAAGUCAUUCUGGGAUCUCCUCCGGCAUCCCAAUUGUUUGGUGGGAUUCCCAGUCCCGAUGAGGAAGUUAGGCUUUGGAAGUCAUUUAGAGAUGGACUGGAGUCAAUCAUGGUAAUGCUUGAUAAACGUUACAUUGCUGAUACUUGUUUUACGUGGUUAAGGGAAUGCGUAAACAAGAUAAGUGGAAGAAAUUUGAUUGACGGCAUUGCCAGUGGCCAGGAUCUUGCUUCUGCUGAGAAAUCAAUAAGGGAGACAAUGGAAAGUAAACAAGUUCUGGAAGGGAGUCUAGAAUGGCUCAAGAGUGUUUUUGGAUCUGAGAUUGAAUUGCCUUGGAGUAGGAUUCGGGAACUCGUUUUGGAAGAUGAUUCAGAUCUUUGGGAUGAGAUAUUUGAAGAUGCUUUUCUUGCCAGGAUGAAAGCAAUCAUUGACUUGAGAUUUAGGGAGCUAACUGGAGCUGUUGAUGUGGUGAGCUCAAUUUCUUCUGUAGGUGACUCUUUUGCCAAGCAGAAUGAUGUUCAGGGGUACUUGAACAGACAUUCUAUGGCUGGUGGUGUUUGGUUUCUAGAAUCCAAUGCCAGAAAAACUGGAGUUGCUUCUGGGUUUAAAGUACAGCCUGAAGAGAACGAAUUUCAGACUUGUCUUAAUGCCUAUUUUGGCCCUGAAGUAAGUCGAAUUAGGGAUGCAGUUGAUGUUUCUUGUCAGAGCAUCCUUGAGGAUCUUUUAAGUUUCUUAGAAUCUCCAAAGGCCUCUAAAAGAUUGAAGGUUCUGGCACCAUAUCUGCAAAGUAAAUGUUACGAAAGUGUGUCUGCUAUAUUGAUGGCACUUAAAAAAGAGCUUGAUUCUUUAUAUGGCUCGAUGGAAAAUGGUGAGAAGGAGGUGCCAACAACUGUCUCUGUUGAAAAAUCUCUUUUCAUUGGACGAUUAUUGUUUGCAUUCCAAAACCAUUCUAAACAUAUACCCUUGAUACUUGGUUCUCCCAGAUUUUGGGCCAAUGGAAAUGCAUCGGCUGUUGGGAAAUUACCAUCUCUGGUGAAACAAUCUCAGUUUGGAUCUGAUUCUGCUGUCUGUGAUAGUCCGGGAAGACAGACAAGCCUUGGCUCUAAAAGACAAAAUUCGUCCGCCGCGUCUGCUUUGCUUGGAGUGAGAGAAGGUUCAAGCCAUGAAUUGGAAGAACUGAAUAGGACUAUAGGGGAUCUUUGCAUUAGAGCUUACAACUUGUGGAUAUUAUGGCUGUCGGAUGAACUUUCGGCAAUUGUCUCUAUGGAUCUUAAACAAGAUGAUGCCUUAUCUUUAAGCACACCUUGGAGGGGCUGGGAGGAUAUCAUAGUCAAGCAAGAUCAGUCUGAUGAGAACCAAUCUGAGAUGAAAAUAUCGCUUCCAUCUAUGCCUUCUCUGUAUAUCAUCUCAUUUCUAUUUAGAGCUUGUGAAGAAGUUCAUCGAGUUGGAGGUCAUGUACUUGACAAGAAGAUUUUGCAUAAACUUGCAUCAAGGCUAUUGGAAAAGGUAAUUGGAAUCUUUGAGGACUUCCUUUCCACUGAAGAGGGCAGUGCUCAUAAAGUGUCAGAAAAAGGAGUUUUGCAGGUUUUGUUAGAUGUCAAAUUUGCCACCGAUGUUCUCUCUGGUGGUGAUUCAAAUGUGGUUGGGGAAUUAUCUAGUAACCCAAAGGCAAAGUUACAUGUCAGAAGGAAGCAGGACCGAAGUUUGACGUCAGCCAUUAGAGAACGUUCAGAUCAGUUGUUAAAUCGUUUUUCUCAGAGGCUGGAUCCCAUAGACUGGCUUACGUACGAGCCAUAUCUCUGGGAGAAUGAGAGGCAGUCGUACCUACGACAUGCUGUCCUUUUUGGUUUCUUUGUGCAACUUAACCGGAUGUACACAGAUACUGUUCAGAAACUGCCUACUAAUUCGGAAUCCAAUAUUCUGAGGUGUUCUACAGUUCCCCGGUUUAAAUACCUCCCCAUCAGUGCUCCAGCAUUGUCCUCUAGAGGGACUAAGAAGUCCUUUACUCCAUCCUCAAAUGAAAUCUCUUCAAGAAGUUCGUGGAACUCUCUUACAAAUGGAGAACUUUCUCGGAAGAUAAAUUUGGAUGACAGCUCAGGUCUGGGGGUGGCAGCACCAUUACUGAAGUCUUUCAUGCAAGUUGGAAGCAGGUUUGGGGAGAGUACUUUUAAACUGGGGUCCAUGCUAACUGAUGGACAAGUUGGCAUUUUUAAGGAUAGAUCAAUGUCCACAUUUGGAGAUAUUCUGCCUGCUCAGGCAGCUGGUCUUCUUUCAUCUUUUACAGCUCCGAGAUCAGAUUCGUGAUGACCCAGUGAUUGAAAGGGCACCCCAGUCGCUCUUUUGCAAAGUCUCGUUAUCAUAGUGUGGUAUCUCAUAAAACCAUCCCAACCCUCUACCUGUCAUACAUGUGCUCAAUUCUAAUUAGAGAAACAUUAGAAUCAUAUAUGGCAGCUCCAAAUAUUCAAAAUAUCUGAAGCAAAUGGAGCAAUAAACUCCGAGAUGAGGAUUCUUUAUGUUGAUUGCCCUUGUUAACACCGUUUCAUCAUUUGGCUUGGAAACGGUUGUGAACUGUGAUAAAUGCCCAAAAUGUAAGGCAGAGGGAACUUAGCGACAGAUUGAAGAGCGAAAAUAGUUUUGAUGGAAGGUUAAUGUUCGCCUGUCAUUUGGUUCAAGGAAGCUGAAAUGGGUUCUUGAUAAUGUCAGAGUUGAGAGCAGUUAUAGUUCUUGGCUCCUGUACUACGUGGUUAUAAUUUUUGGUCUGUGUCUAUAGUGGUUGCAUAAAUUCAAUCAAAUUAUCUUCUGUAAAUUUUUAUUUUAUUUUAUUUUUUAAAAAAGGUUCUGAUUACAACGUAACUUUGUAUUUUAAGAUCUGCAUUAAUUGAACUAAAU